AUGGAUAAAUUAUAAUUACCUCAUGCUAAGUUAUUUUAUUAUAGUGCAGAAUUAUAUAAAAAUGGUACAAUAUCAGAAAAUGAGAAACUAAAGUUAAAAGAAAUGGUAAUAAAUGAUGAACCUGAAAUAUUUGAAAUAUUAGAAAGUUAUUAAAGUAAUGGAAACGAGUCUUAUUUUACAAACGGAUUAUUAUGCUUAUUGAGACCGAAUUAAAAGCAUCUUUAUUAAACUUAAAAUACUUAAAAUGAUAAAUAAUCUUAUGAAAUUAGAAGAAAUUUCAUUAAUAAUAAUCCAAGUGUUCCCGAAGAAUAAAAGUAAAAAAAUUAUAUUUGA